AUGAUUUCUGUCUUAAAAAAAGUAUUUAUUGUUAUUUUUGCUAUCGUGGUGUCUGUCUCAUCCAGGAUUCACAAAUUACCUCUUGUGGAUGAUGAACGUCACUAUGUUGAUUUGACAACAUUUGGUUUUUUCGAAGGCGGUGUUCUAGAUGUACAUAUGAUUAACUUCAAGUUGCCAUCUGGUUCAGUGCUGGGCGAGUAUGGUUUUACCUUGGAUAGAACUGUCAAUGAUGCUAUUAAUCCUUACUUGGAAGUACAUUCGGAUACAUGUAUUCUUAAAGGUGUAGAAAAUAAUGGGGGUCUUUUGUCACCACAUCAUCCAGCUAUAGUUUUCUUGAAAUUAGAUUUUAAAAAUCUCAGAAUUAAUAUUACAUGUGAAGGUGAAGUUACUGCAUUACAUCUUUACCAAAACAGGUCAAUGAUUCCGAUAGAUAGAAUUAAACGUCAAUCACAGUAUAUAUUUGUAAACAGACAACGACGAUCACCAUUAGAAACUAAGAAAUCAACAGAGGCAUUGGGAUCUCAGUGUUCAUAUGCGGUUCUUCCUAUCACAAAAGAAACACGAAAUGGCUUUGAUUAUUACAACACAAGUUUUGCUAUGUAUGUGGCUUCAGACAAGGAAGAAGGAUUGUACAACUUGUACUUCCAUAACUGUCCACAUCAAACAGAGCCUGCUAUUAAUGUUUUGAUAGAAAUAUAUGAAAGUAAUGAUGGAAACUUUUUGUCAGCUGGGGAAAUGCCACUUCCAGCACUAUACAGCAUGAUGUCACUGAUAUUUUUCUUGUGUGCUGGCUUUUGGACAUUUAUUCUAAAAACAAGCCGUCACAAAGUAUAUAGAAUACAUAUUAUUAUGUGUGUACUGGUUUACUUAAAAGCAAUGUCAUUGGCUUUCCAUGGAAUUAACUAUCAUUUUAUACAAACAAGAGGAGAGCAUGUCACAGCUUGGGCAAUAUUAUACUACAUAACACAUUUAUUAAAAGGUGCUGUGCUCUUUGUGACUAUAAUUUUAGUUGGAACUGGAUGGAAUUUUAUUAAACACAUUCUGGCAGACCGCGAUAAAAAAAUAUUUAUGAUAGUCAUUCCAUUACAAGUGGUCGCUAACGUUGCGGAGAUAAUAAUAGCUGAAAGUGAAGAAGGUGCGGUCGAACAUAACGCGUGGAGGAUUCUUUUAAUGUUCGUCGAUGUACUCUGUUGUGGCGCCAUUAUGUUCCCGGUUGUAUGGUCAAUACACCAUUUGGAAGAUUCUUCGACAACAGACGGCAAGGCUGCUGUUAAUUUGAGAAAGUUAAAGUUAUUUAGACAUUUUUACGUGAUGAUCUUAUGCUAUAUUUAUUUCACGAGAAUUAUUGUCACUAUAUUGGAGAAAACAGUUCCAUUCCAAUAUUCUUGGAUCGAUGAAAUGUUUCGUGAGAUGGCGACGUUUGUUUUCUUUGUAAUGACAGGAUACAAGUUCCGACCGGCCGCAGCUAAUCCUUAUUUCACACCGACAUACGACGACGUCGAACCGAAAGUGAUAUCAGAGAUAGGAGUACUGGACGGUGUCACGAAUAGAGAGAAAAGACGUGAAGAUAUGCAACCAUUAAUGCAAGAAAAUUCCGAAUAA